GCCCUGUCUAUAUAUGGACUUGGCACCCCCUCCCUUCCUGGCAUUGUGUCUGCUCUCUACUCACGAUUCACACCCCUGAUCCAAAAUGGCCUCCAGAUACAUCGACGCCCAAGCGUCCUUGCAGGUCGAGUACCCACCCAAAGCCGACCUGCGGAAGAUGAUUGCGCAGAAUCCACUGCCUGCGAUCGCGCCCGGACUCAUCGAUCCGGACUCGAUGGGUGAAAAUCACCUGCCGACCGAACAGGUCAACGUCGCACUGGAUCGACUGAACGCCGCACUUGUCGCAAAUGAUGCCACGGCCCUCGAGAGAUGCUUCUUCGCCCCGCAGGCCUACUGGAAGGACCAGCUGGCGCUGACCUACCACUUGCGCACAUUCUCGGAAGCGGGCGUCAUUGCUGCGGCGCUUUUGAGGACAAAGGCGCUGCGUGGCGUCGCAGAUAUCGCGAUCGACGGCGUCGCGCAGUUCAUCCCGGCUGCGCCGAGUUUGCAAUUCAUCGACUGUGGCAUUGUCUUCCGGACUGCCUCGCCGGCUGCCACGUGCAAGGGCAAGGUGAUACUCUUGCCGGUCAAAAGCGGCGAGUCUAUCAGCUGGAAGAUCUGGGUCUUGAGCACUUUCCUCGAGAGCUUGGACCUCCAGCCUGAAGACGAGGGGCUGCUUCACCUUCCGGGUAGACCCCUGGAUGGACUGGAGGCGUUCGAAACAGAUGUCUUUAUCAUUGGAGGGGGGAAUGCUGCCAUCUCUCUUGCCGCUCGUCUGAAGGCCUUGGGCGUCGAAAGCGUCAUGGCCGAGCGAAAUGCUCGGGUUGGCGACAACUGGGCUCUCCGCUAUGACUGCAUGCGAUUUCACAUCCCGACGGCGUUCUGCGACCUGCCUUUCAUGGGCUAUGAUUCGCACCUCCGGGGCGCACACAUGCUCACUCGCGACGAACUAGCUGCACAGUUGCGACGCUACGUCGCGGCCUUCAACCUCAACAUCAUCACAUCCGCCGAGAUCCAAUCAACAUCGUACGACAAAUCCGCCCAGACGUGGAAGAUCCGGUUCAAGACCCCAGCCGGCUCCUGCACAGUCAUCUCCAAGCAGCUCGUGCUGGCGACAGGUAUCAGGUCCCAGGAACCCAAUAUGCCGCACAUCGCGGACAGUCACCUAUACCGGGGAAUCAGCAUGCACUCCACGCAGUACGAAAAUGCCAGACGGCUGCAGGAGCAGGGUGUCAAGUCCGUGUUGAUAAUCGGCUCUGCCAACACAGCCUUCGACAUCCUCGAAGACACCCACUCCUCCGAUCUGCAAAGCACAAUGGUAACCCGCUCCCCGACGUACAUCGUCCCAGUCGAAUAUCUGUGCAACCCGCGCAGUCUGGGCGCCUACGACCACUCCGUCCCCGCCGCAGACAGCCUCUUCAUGACGAUCCCGGCCUGCAUCGACGCCCAGUUCGCCCGGAACCUGCUCUCGCAACAGGCAUCCGAAGAGCCAGAUCGGUACGCCAGACUCGCACGCGCCGGGUUCGAUGUUCUUGACAGCCGCGACCCGAGCUGUCUCCUAGCAAGUAACCUGCUCGAACGGGCAGGCGGGCACUAUGUCGAUGUCGGCGGAACCAAGCUCCUGGAAGAAGGUAAAGCGGGGAUCAAAUCCGCCGAACCGAUCGCGUACACACCCACCGGAUUACUAUUCUCGGACGGCAGUACUCUUGACGCCGAUGCGGUGAUUUGGUGUACGGGGUUCUCGGACGCGAAUGUGCGGGAUACGACCGCGCGGAUCUUGGGGAGCGGAGAGAUGGAGCCCGACAGUAGGGACUUGCUGGGCCCGCAGGACAUCGCUGCCCGCUUGGACGCGACCUGGGGCGUGGAUGUCGAGGGCGAGAUCCGUGGCAUGUGGAAGCGCCAUGUGCGCAUGGAGAACUUCUGGGUCGCUGGCGGGUUUACUCAGCAGCAUCGCUGGCAUUCGAGGACGAUGGCGUUGCAGAUUAAGGCCGCGUUGGAGGGCGUGUUGCCGUCCGCUUAUAGGGAUACGCCGCGGGGGAGGUUGGGAUCGGUGUUGUAGUUUGAUGUUGUCUGUGGGUUGUGGUGAGUGGCUGGCGGGAGGGGUGGAAACAAGGAGAAGACGAGUGAAGUUGUAGAAAGAGUGGAGGGCGAGGAAGAAGAGGAGAGGGGAUUGUUCAAGACCUGAGACAUCAGGCAAACAACUGCCUCAGGCUGCUAGCAGUUCUACUCUUAUAGCACAAUAUAUUCAUAGUCUACCUCAUCAUC